UCAUCACGCAGAGCAGUGUUGUAAGCAGGUGGGCGCGGAACGAGCAGUCAGUUGUAAUUUACUGAUCAAAUCUCGGAGUUUUAGGGUGUUUUCCUCGAUUCAGACAUGUACUACAAACUGAACGGAGUGACGCAGCGGCUCACGGGAGCUCCAGCCGCCGCCUACAACCCACAGGGUUUGCGGCCUGGUGUCCCACCUGCCAGUCCUCCCAUGACCUUUGCGUCCCCAACCAAACUGGUCUCAGAAGCAGGAAGUUAUGUGGAGUACAUGGGAGCAAACAAAGUCCCAGACUUGCAGAAAAUGUUCCAGAAGUCAGACGGGGUCCCGGUCCACUUGAAGAGGGGUCUUAUCGAUAAGCUGCUUUACCGGACGACCAUGGGCCUGACUGUGGGCGGGGCGCUCUACUGCCUUGUGGCGCUCUACAUCGCUGCUCAGCCCAGCAACAAGUGAUACUGUGGAGCUGCUUCCCUCGGAUCGUUGGAGAAGAUUUUGAGAGUUGGACCGAUAAGACGGUGCUCAGAGACCACCGAUGGGUCCUGGUGAGGCUUAAGAGACAGAUGAUUUAUAGAGCUCUACAGAGAUCAAACAUUUUGUACAGAAAGGUAUUGUUGUGAAAAAAACUAAAACUAAAACAUUAAAAUGUAUUUUGUUUUAAAUGAA